AUGAGGGAGAGGAGAUGUCCAGCUGAGGAGUAUUAUGUGCAGCGGGAGGUUUUGGAUGAGAUACGUCUGGAUGAAGUGGCAGAAAAAGAGACAUGCUCGACUGAGCCAUCCCUGACAGAACGAGUAAAAGAGUCUCUGAGGUGUUCGGUGCCCAGGGUGAAGCAGACGGUGCUGAACUGGGUGCCUGUUCUGGGUUGGCUGCCUCAUUACUCCAUCAGAGAAAAUGCCAUUGGGGACCUGAUCGCUGGCUGCAGCGUGGGCAUUAUGCAUCUACCACAGGGUAUGGCAUAUGCUCUUCUGGCUUCUUUGCGUCCAGUGUUUGGCUUGUACACUUCUCUCUACCCAGUGCUGGUCUACUUCAUUUUUGGAACUUCUAGACACAUCUCUUUAGGUACAUUUGCUGUGAUCAGCAUCAUGAUCGGCAGUGUGACAGAGAGGCUGGCACCAGACAGUAACUUCAUAGUAAAUGGCACCAACGGGACAGAAAGUGUGGACAUUGAUGAACGAGAUGCACGCAGAGUACAAAUAGCAUGUACCCUCACUGUCCUAACAGGAAUCUUUCAGUUCUUGUUGGGUGUGGUGAGGUUUGGCUUUGUGGUCACCUACCUGUCUGAGCCACUGGUUCGUGGAUACACCACAGGAUCAGCCUGUCAUGUGUCCAUCUCCCAACUCAAGUAUGUGUUUGGAGUGAAAACAGCUCGAUACGCUGGUCCCCUUUCACUUAUUUAUACUCUGGUGGACAUUUGCCGUUUGCUGCCUCAGACUAAAGUGCCAGAGCUGGUAGUCAGUCUGGUGGCGAUUUCUGUUCUCAUUGUGGUCAAAGAAAUCAACGACUGCUACAAACAGAAACUUCCACUACCCAUUCCCAUAGAACUCAUAGUUAUCAUAGGUGCUACAAUCAUCACCCAUUUCUGUGGACUUACUAGUAAAUACAACAUUGAUGUAGUCGGAGAGAUACCCAGUGGGCUUAAAGCCCCUCGUGCACCAGAUGUGACUUUGUUCUCACAUGUGAUAGGAGAUGCUUUUGCAGUGGCCAUCGUUGGAUAUGCUAUCAACAUUUCCCUGGGCAAAACAUUUGCCCUCAAACAUGGCUACAAAGUUGAUAGCAACCAGGAGCUGGUUGCUCUUGGUCUUAGCAACACUAUUGGUGGAUUCUUUCAGUGUUACUCUGUGACUUCCUCCUUGUCUCGCAGUCUCAUUCAGGAGAGCACAGGGGGCAAAACACAGGUAGCUGGAGUUAUUUCUUCAGUCAUUGUGCUCAUUACUGUUUUGAAAAUAGGCGCCCUCUUUGAGGAUCUCCCAAAGGCUGUCCUAUCGACCAUAGUAUUUGUGAAUUUAAAAGGAAUGUAUAAGCAAGUGUUGGAUGUGCCCAUGCUUUGGAGAACCAAUAAAGUUGAUUUGCUGGUGUGGCUGGUAACGUUCACAAGCACCAUCCUGCUCAACCUGGACUUGGGUCUGGCCGUGUCCGUUGCUUUUUCCAUGCUCACAUUCAUCUUCAGAACACAACUGCCCCGUUACUCUGUCUUGGGUCAUGUGCCGGGAACUGACCUGUAUCUGGACACAGACUCCUACAAACAGGCCAAAGAGAUUCCAGGGAUUAAAAUCUUUCGCUCAUCAGCAACCAUCUACUACACAAAUGCUGAGAUGUACUUGGAAGCCCUGCAAGAGAAGAGUGGAAUUGAACUUGGGAAGUUGCUGACAGCAAAGAAGAAGAAAGAUGCAAAGCUGAAGCGUCAACAAGAGAAGGAGAAAAAGAAAGCUAAAAAAUUGGAAAAGGGACAAAUAAAUGGGGUCAGACACCUAUCCAAUGGCACAUUCACUUUGGAAAUGCCAGAGGGAAAAGUCUCUGCAGGAGUAAAUGGACUCAGUCAGGGAAAUGGUGUAGCACUUCACGGGAAAGAAACCUCAACACAUCACCUCAGUAAAGGUCAAGUAAACUGGGCUUACCAGCAAGACACAGCCAUGUUUGACUCAGACACAGAAUGUCAUAAUGGCAUCCAGAAUAUAUAUGAGGACAUUGAGGAAAAUGAGAAGGCCUGUGUAUCGGGCACACACAGCAUCAUCCUGGACAUGUCCACGACCAGCUUUGUGGACACAGUGGCUGUGAAGACCUUGAAAAAUAUAUUCAGGGACUUUGGUGAGAUUGAUAUGGACAUCUAUCUAGCAGGAUGCCAAGCCUGUGUUGUGGAGCAGCUGGAAACUGCAGAUUUCUUCUCAAAGAACAUCCCAAAGACCCGGCUGUUCGUCACAGUUCAUGAUGCAGUGCUGCAUAUUUUGAAGCAAAAGGGACAGUCGUUGCCAUUGGAUGUUUCCUGCAGCACCAAGAUGUAACCAGCAGGAGUCAGACUGUUCCAACUCUCACCAUCUUAUUCCUUUUAGGCGGCUGGCGGUUCCAUUUUUCACUAUUGGUUCUCAGUGUCUCCUCCCCCUUCAGAGAGGGAGAGUGCACCACCUUGACAUGGCGGCUGGUUGCCAUGGAAAUACAGGGAGCCGUUGCUGUGGCAACAGGCUUUUUAUGAUAUCGUAUAAUGAGAUAGCCAGCAAUACGUCACUGCAGCUCUCUUGCUCUGUGGUGUGUGCGAAAGACAGGGAAGGGGCGGGGGUUGAGUGGGAGAAUGUAACACUGGACUAAUAGGAGUCUGUAUUUAUAGCCUGUGUGAAAGAACACAGAGUGAGUGAAAGGUUGACUGUAAGGGGAAACUCAACAGACCCAGUGUGUGUGCAUGUGUCGGUCAGUCUGUAUUCUCUUGCACCACUACAGUUGGUCCCGCUGACGAAAGCCUUUGAGAAUUCAUUGAUAAAAUACAAAUAUUUGUUAUUGAUAAGACUGUGCCGUUCCAUCUGGGAGUGGUUUGUUACCGUUACAGUGCAUUCAUUUGCUUCACACACUGCCACAUUGAGCCAAUUUGCAUACUGUAUCUUAUGUCAUGGAUGGUAUUUAAGAGCUUUUAAACACUGACAGCAUUGGUGUAUUUAUAGUCUGUCUUUACACGUCUGAUUCCCUAAUGUCUUCUAUUUCUGGAGUCCAGUAUCAUGUUAUUGUCUGCUAUCAAACAGCCUGAUGGAUGCUGAAUGUAAUACUGGUGUGAUGUGGACAG